AUGAAGCCCGACGGCAAGGUGGUGCUGCUGGGGGACGUGAACGUGGGCAAGACGUCGCUGCUGCACCGCUACAUGGAGCGCCGCUUCCAGCAGGGCGCCGUCAGCACGGUCGGCGGAGCCUUCUUCCUCAAGCCGUGGGGGCCCCACCACCUCUCCCUCUGGGACACCGCCGGACGCGAACAGUUUCACGGCCUUGGAUCGAUGUACUGCCGAGGAGCGGCUGCCGUUAUCCUCACCUACGAUGUGACCAACUUGCAGAGCAUCGUGGAGCUGGAAGAUCGGUUCCUGGCCUUGACAGACACCGCCAACUCAGACUGCAUCUUUGCUGUCGUCGGGAACAAAGUGGACCUCACGGACGCCUGCACCUCGCCUCCAGAAGCAGAAGAGGAACACCCGUCUGAGAAACCUGCUGCCGGCUGCACGUCGACCAAAGCGAAAAGACAAGUCCACAUGGACGACGCUAUCGCACUUUACAAGAAGGUCCUGAAGUACAAAAUGUUAGAUGAGAAGGAUGCACCAGCGGCAGAAAAAAUGUGCUUUGAAACGAGCGCAAAGACCGGGUAUAUGGUGGACCACCUUUUUGAAACUGUGUUCGAUAUGGUGGUACCGACGAUUUUGGAGCAGAAAGCGGAAGGACCGUCGCAAAUCGUAGACUUGAAUCAUUACAAGACAGCCAAAACCGCACAACCUGGCUGCUGCAGAUAAACCAUGGCUAU